AUGGCAUCUGUGCCUUUGAGCCAUGAGCUUCAUCCAAUCUUUCUGCUGGACAGCUUCGAUAUGGAGACGACAACUCCAUGUCCCAACAGGUACAAGAUCAACACAUUCUCAGCCACGUUCUUCUCCAUUUUCGUCAACACAUUGACGUUGGCGUCCUCCUUGCUGCUGCUGGCUGCUGCUCUGCGCACCCGGCGGGGGCGUCGGCUCCUGGCGCCGCGCUUGAAGGAGGGAGAGAUUUUGGAUUUCCCGUUUGGAUGGAUGAAGUCAGCUUUGUCGAAACAACAUGUUCUCCUUGAUGAAGUAGGACUUGAUGCCAUGGUUGUGAUCCGAUAUUUGGACGUGGGCUUCAAAUUCUGCUUGGUGGGCAGUCUAUUGAGCAUAGUUCUAGUGCCUAUGUAUGCGUCUGCAGACAACAACGAGAAUCUGGGCAAGUUCACCAGAUUUAGCCUCUCCAACAUCGACAAGGAGAAGGGGCAUUGGAGGUUCGGGAUUGUGGUGGCCUGUUCCUACCUCCUCAAUGCUGCGUUUGUCCACUUCAUGGUGGGGGAAUGGCAGAACUUCAUGAACUUUCGCAGGAAGCAGUUCAAAAACGCAGUACGGGGUUCAUUGGGCCCUGGAGCGGCUCAAGCGAUCCGAUCCAUCCUGGUGGAAAACAUGCCCAAGGAGAUGCGCUCUGCGCAGCAACUCUUUGAGUACUUCGAAAAACAGUUUGGGGAAGGUUCCGUCCACUCUGCUGUGCUACAGAGCGACACGCGAGCACUCCAUGAAAUCGAUGCCUUCUGCAAAUGCUGCUGUUGUCCCAAUUGGGCCUCUUCUGACAGGCGCACACAGAUGCGGCAGGCAGUGAGAGCGGACGUGGCAACGGGAAUUGAGCUGAGCUCUAUCAGCACUAUCAGGAGACCAAGAAGAACGACCUGUGCGGUGGAUGAAUCUUCGCUGCUUGCUGGAAUCAAUGUGCCGAAAACUGCCCGCGAGUUUUCACAGAAGGUCAAGGGCUACACUGCCUCCCUGGCGAACACCGUGUCAAAGGCUCUGCCCGCAUCGGAACUUGUGAAACCUUCCUCCUGUUCCACCGGCUUUGUGACCUUUCAAAUGGUGCAAACGCGCGUCAUGGCCGAGCAGGUUCUCUUGUCGCACUCCUCGGGCUGGCUCAUUCGCCCGGCUCCAGAGUCUCGAGACCUGGUGUGGUCGAAUGCAUCGACACCUUGGAAGCUCCUCUACCCCAGAAACAUCGUCGCACAGUGUAUCUGCAUCGUGGGGGUGCUCUUUUGGUCGGUGCCAGUGACCUCGAUUCAACUCUGGUCCAAUUUGGAAUCCAUGCAAAGGUUCUUGCCCCGACUGUUCGAAUUCAGUAAAACAUCAUGCAAGCUGUGCAGCACUUUCCUGGUAAAGUAUGUCCCGGUGGUGGCUCUGAUUCUGCUACUGGCUUUGCUGCCCUUGGUCUUUGAAGGGAUGGCGAGGAGGUACGAACGCCACAAGGUGAAGUCAGACAUUCAAAGAAUUGUGCUGUACCGCUACAUGGGUUAUUUGCUUGCCACUCUUUAUGUCGCCGUGGUGUCUGGCUCUGUUUCGGGCACCUUAGAGACGAUCCUGCGCACCCCGCCCCAAGCCUUGGUGGAAGUGCGAGAGGCGGUGCCCAGCGUGGCGGUCUACUUCAUCACCUUUGUUUUGGCGCGGGUGGGCAUCACCAUUCCCAUCCUGCUGUUUUAUCCUGGGUUGUUCCCAGGGUCCAGUUGCUACUUUGCCACGGAGGCCUCCGAUGCGGCCUUGAUUCUGGUGCUGGGAGUCACGUACUCGGCCAUUGCACCGCUGAUUCUGCCAGCCUGUGCUGCCUACUUUGCGCUGGCAUCGGUGGUGUAUCGACGCUCGUGGCAAAAUCUUGAAGCAAAGUGUUCCAUUGCGAUUUGCCCCGAUGAGUCGCCUUCCCAAUCGAAGUAUGACCUCUUCAACUGGUCUGUGUGGGGCAUGUUCUUCAGCAACAUCACUCUGAUGGCACUUGCUGUAGGUCAUGCAUCCUACAAUACUUAUAGUUUCUAUGCCACAGCCGUGCUGCCUCUGACAACCUUGGUCUUCAAGGCCUUCUGUGAGCGUCACUAUGCGCGACCUUCACUGUUCGUUGCCCUAGAAGAUGCCGUCGAAGCGGACCGAGUGGCAGAGGAAGAGGCGGAUGUGACCUUGGCUCCUUGUCUGCGUUGGUCACCGUUGGUCACCGUUGGUCGUUUGUUGCACCGUGGCCACUGUGGGAUGAUCGAGGACUACAACUACUACGUUGACCCGGUGCUUACCAACUACAGCCCCGGUGCGGCUGCCAGUGCUGCCAGUGGUGCCAGUGCUGCCAGUCCAAGCUGCAGUUCCGAUCCCAGGAGAUGA